AAUGAAUUCCAAACCACAUUACAAUACUCAUAAAUUAACAUUAACUAAGCCAAGUAAGAAAUCACAAUUUUAUUCUGAUGAUGGAGAAAGCACUACACCUCAUUCAAUUAACUCUGUAAAACAUAAAUAAGAGUUUUAAACUGAUGAUUCUGAUUGUGGGACUCCAAUAACUCCAUCUCCUAAGUCAUCAUAGAAACCAUAAUAAUCAAAAUUCAAACCUAAACCAUCAACUAUUUAAUAACUCUUUACAAACACAGCUAAAAAUGUAUUGUAAAAUAAGUAAAAUCAUUCAGAUGCUGAAUUGAAAACAUAAAAGUAAUAUGAAGUUUCUGUAAAAAAUCAUCCCUUUAGACAUUUAAUAUUUGGAGAAUCAGUUUCUGAAACUACACUAAAGAAACAUCUCUUAUUAACCUAAAGAGGUUUAAUAUAUGCAACCAAAUGUUUGAAAGGACCCAGUGAUUAAUUUAUAAAAUCUCGUCAAGUAGAGGUCCCAAAAGAAGAAAACAAAUCAAAAGUUCUUUUAUUAGAUUUAGAUGAAACUCUAAUACAUUGUAGUAGUAGUAAAGAGUAAGCUUAAGUUAACAUUAAUUAAAUAAGUUUUAAUGUAAGACCCUAUACAAAUUAUUUUUUAAAUAAAUUAUCGUAAGUAUAUUCAAUUUUCAUAUUCACAGCUUCAUCACCUUCAUAUGCUAGUAUUGUUGUAGAUUAUUUAGAUCCAGAUUAAACUAAAAUUAUUGGAAUAUUUUCGAGAAAUCAUUGUAUGGAAACUAAAAAUGGAUUCUUUAUUAAAGAUUUAAGAACUCUUAAAGAUAUUGAUUUAAGUUCUACAAUAAUUGUUGAUAAUUUGGCUCAUUCUUUUGGUUUAUAGAUAGAUAACGGAAUACCAAUACUAGAAUGGAAUUCCGAUGAAAAGGAUGAAGAAUUGAAAUAAUUGACAGAAUAUCUAAUAAAAGCAAGUCAAGUUGAGGAUGUUAGAAUAUUUAAUAGAGAGAAUCUUCGUUUAAGAGAAUUAAUCAACUACUAAUUAUGA